AUGACAUUUGGCGCAUGGAACGUGCGUACUUUAAUCGAUAAUGACGGAAACCUUUGCCCGGAGCGUAAAACUGCUGUCGUAGCACGUGAGCUUGCUCGAUACAAUGUAGACGUGGCAGCUUUAAGCGAAACACGCUUAGCUGACCAAGGCGAACUCGAGGAAAUCGGCGGUGGUUAUACAUUCUUCUGGAAAGGAAGACCCCAAAGUGAACGAAGGUUAGCUGGCGUAGGGUUUGCCAUCAAAUCCACCAUCGUAAAAAAACUGCCAGAAUGUCCACAAUACAUCUCGGACCGCAUUAUCACAUUACGCCUUCACCUACCAAACGACAACUACCUGAAUGUGAUAAGCGUAUACGCACCAACAAUGAGUAACGAGGACAGUGUCAAAGAUCAGUUUUAUGAAGAACUUAGCCAAUGCCUUACCAGCAUACGUUCAAGCGAACAAAUACUGCUGCUAGGCGAUUUCAACGCGAGGGUUGGCAGAGAUUCUGAGUCGUGGCCGGGCGUGAUUGGAAAUAAUGUGGGCAAUAUGAAUAGUAAUGGACAAUUACUACUCACACUCUGUGCCCAAUUCGACCUCACCAUCACAAACACUCUGUUUAGGCUUCGCGACAAAUUCAAAACCACCUGGAUGCACCCGCGUUCUAAACACUGGCACCUCCUCGAUUACGCGAUAACACGACGAAGGGACAUCUCCCAGGUGCAUAUCACACGCGUUAUGCGCGGCGCGCACUGCUGGACAGACCACAGGCUUUUGGUAACUAAGUUGAGACUCCGCCUUCGUGAACCACGAAGACCCUGCAGCUAA